AACCGGUCGCUUGAAAUGGUGUCACUCGAAAGCAUUAGGGAGCAGUUUGACGAGCUCGGGAUCGAUCCCUCCGAUGAGGUGUCUAACAAGUGUAUCGAAAUCUGCACCCGGUACGGCAUUGACGAUCCGAUCGAAUUCGUGGAAACAUGGAUGGCAUACAGUGUGUCGAAGCUGAGCGGAGCGGAACCGACGGUUGAGUAUCUGCGCGACAUGGAAUCACACGAGUUCGCCAACAAGGUGCGGAAAGCGCCGGCACCGCCACCGUCCGCCGUGAGCCGCGUCAAGCAUAGCGCGGGGUUUUCGUCCCCGAACCCCAAGGACGGGUCGGGUGGUUCCAGUGCCGCUGGUUUGGUGAUCUACAACAAUAUGGAACUGGACUCCAUCGAGAGCGAUGUCCUUGGAUCGUACGGGUGCAUCACUCCGAAGGCAAAGAAACCAGUAUCCCGACUGCAUGGACAGACUCCCGAUCGCAGCAAAGCCCAGUUCUCCCCUGCCAGUUACUCUCCAAUCACCUCCAAGAAAUCCCAGGACCAGGAUGGACCGAACAACUCCGGCAACGUGGUCUACACGUUCGGCAGCGGGCAGCUGCUCAAGCAAAUCAGCUGGUCAUCGGCCCCAAGCCGACGCCCCCUCGCCAUCGAGGUUCCUCUAUUCAAAGGGAAUAACCUAACGGACGGUGGUGCGCCGGCCUCCGGAACUAAAUUCAUGAGCGACGAAUGCAAAUAUAUGUACGAUUCCAGCUACGACCGGGUGCUGAUCCUGGGCGAUCGAAUCUACGAAGGUGGAAAGCAAAUAUGCCAAAGGCUGGCUGAACUACGCCUGCAGGAGAAGCUGACCCAGCAAAGUCAGCAGCCGGAAUCGGCGGGAAGCGAAGAAGAGAUCGCCAAAGAUUACCGAGAAGCUUGUAUGGUGGAAGAGGUAGCCAUCCAUCACGUGGACUAUCCCAGUACCGAUGUGAUCAGCGUGAUGGGUAGGAUCGUGGUGCACCCAGAACGGAAGGACGAUCGGUUGGCGAUCGUAGAUUUCGAUGAGAUGACCUUAAGGUACACACAGCUGGAUUUCAGCAAGAUGAAGUUCUGGUCGGUUUUCCCGGGGGAAACGGUCGUUCUGGAGGGAGUCAACCCACGGGGGAAUGCGUUCGAAGUUCGAAAAAUACACCACGAAUGCAAGCUGGAACUUCCCCAAGCGCCAAUGCAGCUCGGACGGGAGCUCAAGAUGGUGAUCGCCGCUGCUCCCUUUACCGAUAAGGAAGACCUUCUGUACGAAAAGCUAUCCGACCUUCUCACCUACUGCAGCAGCAACUGUCCGGACGUACUGAUCCUGACGGGCCCGUUCGGAGAUAGCAGCAAUCACCUGUUCAGCACGAUCGCCGAAACCUUCGAGGAAUACUUUGAGAAGAUCAUCGUCAACAUCAUGAAUUCGGUCUCUCCGAGCACCGAGGUUCUGAUCGUCUCCAACCACGAAGACAUCAUAUCGAUGUUCGUCUAUCCUUCCUUCCCGUACAAAAUCAACCGAUACUUCAAGAACCUGCGCUUUCUGCCCGAUCCGUGUGUGGUGUCGAUCAACGGUCUGCAAGUCGGAAUCACAACGGCCGACGUCAUCAAGGAUCUCUCCGACGCCGAAGUGAGCGGCGCUCCGAUGGGGGACAAAGUCAAGCGGGCCUUCAACUACCUGUUCCACCAUAAAACGUUCUAUCCGUUGAAUCCGCCGUCAGAAAACGUCCCGCUGGAUGUGCAUCUGUUGAACGAGUUUGGCAAUCUUCCGCGGGUGCCAAACAUGAUGAUCUGCCCUGGGGAUUUGAAGUGCUACAUCAGGGACGUCCACGGAUGCGUUUGCAUUAAUCCAGGUCACCUGGCGGAUCAAGUCAGCGGGGAAGGAACGUUCGCUCGAGUGGUGGUCCAUCCACCGGAAACGGAAACGGCCGCACCGAUGAACUAUGUUGUUUGUCAGGUGGUCAAAUCGUGAACCUGGUACCUUAGAUAUUAGUUGUUACACUCAUAAUAUGUUUUA